UUUGCCUCUCCGCCUUGGUUUAUCCCAGACGCUCUCCCGCUCACCGCGCUUUGCCAUCAGGCAGCGCGCGGGCAGCUCAGGACGGUGGCCGGGAGGGCGCGCGGGCCCGUCAUGGCGGCGGCGGUGGUGGCGGCCGGCCGGGCGUGUGCCCGGGGCGCGCUGCGAGCGGCCUGGCGAGGAUUUGCUUCUGUGCCAGUGAAAGGGGGUUGCAGUUCCUACUCCAGCCUGGCAUGGGCUUUCCAGACACAGUGCUCCCUCUCUGCUCCCUGGACUGGGACAGUUAAGCAGUGCAGGAAAAGCAGUUUCUUCAAUACCUUGACAGCUGAUCAGCUGUGGAAAGGAGCUUUGGCAGAGACUGGCGUGGGAGUAAAGAAAGGAAGAGGAAAGAAAAGGAAGAAAAAGCUAAGGAAGAAUCUCAAUAGAGGCCAGGAGAUUGGUGAAGGACGUUCUGGUUUCCUCUGGCCUGGUCUUAAUGCUCCAGUGUUGCAAACUGGGAAAGUGCAGCAACUUGCCCAACGAAAAAAAGAGGAACGAGAGAGAAUUCAGACUGAAAUUAUUCAGCAGAGAGAUACAUGGGAGAAGAAAAAGAAAAUAAAAAUUAAGAGAGAGGGAGGAUGGAGUGGAAAGUGCUGGGGAGGUAUCAUUCUGGAUCCUCCUGACCCUGGUCCUAAUGGAGAAACUUAUGAAGAUUUUGAAACAAGAGUCAUCGAGGUGAGAAAUGUAUUUUGUAUGAAGGCAAAGGAGGGCAGAAAAAAGUCAGUACGUGCCUUAGUGGCUGUUGGCAAUGGUAAAGGGGCUGCAGGUUUUGCAAUAGGGAAGGCAGGUGACAGGACGAAUGCUUUAAGGAAAGCAAAGAAUAAAGCAAUAAGCUCCUUACACUUCAUAGAGCUGUAUCAGAACCACACAAUUUACCACGACAUUUCUGUGAAAUUUAAAAGGACAAAAAUUCGCAUGAAGAAACAAAACAAAGGGUAUGGUCUGCAUUGCCACCGAGCCAUUAUGACCAUCUGCAGGCUAAUUGGCAUUAAGGACAUGUAUGCCAAGGUCACUGGAUCCAAAAACUUGAUUAACAUCACCAGAGCUCUCUUUAGAGGCUUGACCCUACAGGAGACUCACCAGCAUCUGGCCAGCCAGAAGAGCCUCUACGUGGUGGAGUUCCGGGAGGAGCAGGGCCCCCUGCCCAUCGUGGUGGCCCUGCCCGAGGGCGCUGUCCGACAGGAGCCCGAGCCAGAGGACGAGGUUCCAAACACAAAGCUGGAGUGGAGGGAGGUGAAGGAAGCCCAGGGAAUGCUGAAAUCUCCCUGGGCAAGUGUCAGGCGGGCAGCGUGCUGACAGCUCCCGUCCCUGCGUGUCUCCAGCUGGGACAGCCUGGCUCACAGCCAGGCUCGGGCUUCAGGGGAGGGCAGCAGGAGCUCUGCCGUGCCAUCCCAUGUCACUGCUGCCAUCCAGGAGCACUGCUUGCUUUCCCACAGUUCCCCUGACCACGGGCUGAGUGGGAGUGUUCAGAUGGAAGCAGUCAGUGAACGUGUCCUCGGCUUCAAGCUGGCGUUUAUUCCAGUCCAGAAGAUAGUUUGUUAUCGAGGGCUCCCAUGUUUCUUUCACAAGCUCUUGGGAAACUGUUGAAAAUACAAGAUUGUGAAAGCAAUAAAGAAUCAUCAGAGUGGGUUUA